AUGAUUUUUAGUAAAAUAUUUAAUAAUAUAUCAAGACAUCACAUAGAACAAAUUAUUCAAUUAAAAAGAAGUAAAUUCCGAUUAACGAGAAGAAAUUUUAAUAAUUAUAAAUGUGAAAAUAUGAAGGAUCAAAAUCAUGUAGUUAAGGAAAACGCUACACCAUUAUACAAAAGCUACAAAGGUCAUGAUUUAAAAAUAGAAUAUGAAAAUGAUUAUUUCUUAGUUGUAAAUAAACCAUAUGAUAUUAAAUUAGAGAAGGGGAAGCUUGAUGAUAUUUAUCCGUCUGUAGAAACACUGCUUCGAAAAAAAAGAAAUUUAAAUACGUUCAGAAUGUGUGGUCAACUGGAUUAUGCUACAAGUGGACUUUUAAUUAUUGCGAAAGAUAAAUUAAGCUCGAAUAUUUUAAAUUAUAAUAUCGAAAGUAAAAAUAUAAGCAAGAUAUAUCUAGCUAUAUUAUAUGGGCAUUUACCGCUUGAUGUUUUACAUAUAAAUGUUCCAAUAAGUAAAGUUAAAAAUGAAUUUAAAAUGAAAUUAUGUUAUAAUUACAAUGAUUAUUAUGAUACUGGAAAAUAUUGUUAUAGUUUAAUUUAUCCAUAUAAGCAUACAUAUUUAAAAAAUGAAAAAGUAACUCUAUGUGAGCUUCGAACAAUCACAGGAAGAAGACAUCAAUUAAGAUUACAUUCCAUAUGCUUAGGUAGUGGAAUAGUUGGGGAUGAAACAUAUUUUGAAGAUAUGAUUGAAAAUAAAUAUAAAAUUAAUUAUAUGAACAGUUCAGGUAAAAAUAUUACUACUAACAAUUAUAAUAUUACAGAUUAUAUAGAUAAUAAAAAGGAUGAAAUUAAUAUUGAAAAAUUGAAUAUGGAAAAAUAUGUAAAAAACAAAAUUGAUGCAGAAAGGAUGAUGUUACAUUGUUGGAUAAUAAUAAAAAAUGAAAAUAUAAAAGUAGAAAAUAAAUUAAAUAAAAGUGAGAAUAUAAAUAUUCUAGAACAAAAAAUUUUUGAUAAAGAUUAUAUAAUAUGUGAUGAUGUGUUAAGUGAAUUUGUAAAUGAAAAACCACGAACGUUUGAUGAUUGUUUUUUAAAAAAUAAUUAUUUAAUUAAUCAUAAUUUUAUUAAUUAUAAUGUUAAAAAUAUUAAUAAAAAUAUUCAAAAAGUUGAUAGGAAGUUAAAAAAAGAAAAAUACGCAUAUGAUGCUUUAUUACAUAAUUCUUUAAUCCUUGAAAAUUCAAGACAGGAAAAGUUCGAAAAUUUUGUAAAAGAAAAUAAAAAAUAUCAAACAAAUCAAACAAAUCAAACAAAUCAAACAAAUCAAACAAAUCAAACAAAUCAAACAAAUCAAACAAAUCAAACAAAUCAAACAAAUCAAACAAAUCAAACAAAUCAAACAAAUCAAACAAAUCAAACAAAUCAAACAAAUCAAACAAAUCAAACAAAUCAAACAAAUCAAACAAAUCAAACAAAUCAAACAAAUCAAACAAAUCAAACAAAUCAAACAAAUCAAACAAAUAUGGAAUAUGGAAAAUCAGAAAAUUGUAAAACUGAAAUAAUUGUAGAAAAUUUUCAAAAAUUUGAAAAAAAAAAACACGAAAAUAAUUCCAAGGAUUUAAAAUCUGAGAAUAUUGAAAAAGUUGAUGUAACAGAAACAUUUAUAAAUAACAAAGUGAUAGAUCAAAAUAGUAUUUAUUCUGUUAAAAAUGAUAAAUAUCAAAAUCCGAAUAAUUUAUUUGAUGACAUUCAUGAUAGUGUCAAUAAGUUUAAUUGGGGGUAA